AUGCAUUUCCAUUUUGUGUCAAGUGUCUAUGGUACUUAUGGCAAGGUAUUCCUAGUUCGGAAGAGAUGUGGCGUCGACGAGGGCAAACUGUACGCGAUGAAGGUCCUCAAGAAGGCGUCUAUAGUUCAGAAACUGAAGACGGCCGAGCACACGCGGACGGAACGACAGGUGUUAGAGGCGGUUCGAGCCUGCCCUUUCCUGGUGACAUUGCAUUACGCCUUCCAGACUGACGCGAAGCUACACCUAAUAUUAGAUUACGUAGCCGGCGGCGAGCUCUUCACGCAUCUGUACCAGAGGGAGCAUUUCCACGAGAACGAGGUUCGGAUAUACAUCGCCGAGAUCAUCUUGGCGCUGGAGCAGUUGCACAAGCUCGGCAUCAUCUACCGGGACAUCAAGCUGGAGAACAUCCUGCUGGACGCCGAGGGCCACAUAGUGCUGACAGACUUCGGCCUGUCCAAGGAGUUCUGCGGCGGCGAGAGCCGCGCGUACAGCUUCUGCGGCACCAUCGAGUACAUGGCGCCCGAGGUGGUGCGCAGCGGCAGCCAGGGUCACGACAUCGCCGUCGACUGGUGGUCGGUUGGCGUGUUGACUUACGAGCUCCUGACGGGGGCUUCCCCUUUCACCGUCGAGGGCGAGAGGAACACCCAGCAGGAGAUCACCAAGCGCAUCGUCCGCUGCAGCUACCCAGUGCCCAAUGACGUCAGUCCCGAGGUCCAGGAUUUUAUCAAGAAACUCCUAGUAAAGGAUCCUAGACGCCGUCUGGGUGGUGGCGACGGUGAUGCGGAGGAGCUGAAGAAGCAUCCGUUCUUCCAGGAGUUGGACUGGGAGGCGGUGUCGAGGCGGGAGGUUCCCGCUCCGUUCGUGCCCGCGCUUUCACACGCCGCCGACACUUGCAACUUCGCCGACGAGUUCACCAGAAUGCCGCCCACCGACUCGCCUGCCCAAGCGCCGCGUCACCACGACAAGCUGUUCCUGGGUUACUCGUACGUGGCGCCGAGCAUCCUGUUCUCGGAGAACAUAAUAUCGGACCAGAUAUGGCUGCAGGCCACCGGGCAGAAGCACGACAAGCUGAAGGGCUGGGUGGCGAAGGACUCGCCCUUCUUCCAGAAGUACGCUGUGGACCUCAGCACUCCCCUGUUAGGUGACGGAUCCUACUCCGUGUGCAGAAAGUGCAUACACCGGCAGACAGGGAAGGAGUACGCCGUCAAGAUAAUCUCGUCGCAGAAGAAGGACGUGAAGCAAGAGAUCGAACUGCUCAAGGCGUGCCAGGGGAGCCCCUACAUCAUCACGCUGCACGAAGUCUUCCACGACUCGGCGUUCACGUACAUCGUAAUGGAGCUCGCGUGCGGCGGCGAGCUGAGCGCGCACCUCGCGAGCGGGCUAGGCGAGCGGGUGGCGCGGCGGCUGCUGGCGCAGCUGGCGCUCGCCACGCGGCACAUGCACGCCAGGCGCACCGUGCACAGGGACCUCAAGCCGGAGAACAUUCUGCUCACGUCGCCGCGGCCCGCCGAGGCGCGCGUCAAAGUGGUCGACUUCGGCUUCGCCCGACGCAUGCCCGAGCCGGGGGAUAGGGCUCGAAUGAUGACGCCGUGCUUCAGCCUGCCGUACGCGGCGCCCGAGGUGGUCUCGUGCGCGCGGUCGCCCGCCGCGCCCGGCUACGGGCCCGCCUGCGACCUCUGGAGCCUCGGCGUCAUAUUCUACUGCAUGUUGUGCGGUAAAGCGCCGUUCCAGCCUGUCUCCAAAAAGGAGCCUGUCACCGCUUUCAUGGACAGAAUAAGAACCGGCAACUUCUCUAUGGACGGUCCCUUGUGGGAGGGCGUGUCCAGCGGCAGCAAGAGGAUCGUGGCGGGCCUCCUCUGCUCGGAGUCGUCGCGGCUCAGCGCGCACGAGCUGCUCGCGCGGCUGGCGGACGCGGACGGUGACGUCACCGCCGACGCCGACGCAGACGCCGCCGGCUUCCAGCUAGCGGAUAUGACCAAGGCGGACCUCUACAAGCGCAGGAACAAGAACAGGCAGCGCAAGUCGAGCGCUUCCGAAGCGGGCACCUCCUCCCACAGCGAUCAAACGGACACCGAGCCGAAGGAGACCUCUCUUCUGGAGACGAUAAACAACCUCAAGAGCAGAAUGAACAAGAGCUCGAUAGAGAAUGACGUGGAACUGAUUAGGGCGAACACCCAAGACACGCCCGUCACGGAGGGCAGCGAGCCCAGCUAUACGGACGACACGGAAGACAUACCGUCAGUGAGGCCGGUAGAGAAGACGUACGGAAAGUCCAGGUCGAAACUGGACGACUACAUCUACAUAGAGAGCAGCCAGGGCCUGGACGAGACCGAGGUGGCGUUCCCCAAAGGCAGCCGGAUGAAGAAGGCGAGGGAGCCCGAGUCGCCUGUCCCCAGGAAGAGGAGAAGAAUGGAGACGAGACAGACGCAGAGGGAGGCCGAAGCGAACGGCGACAGCGGCCAGACCGGCGGGAAGGUGCAAACGAAGCGGGGCAAGGGCCGGCCGAGGAAGAAGGCGCCCCAGGAGAAGUCGACCGCGCCGAAGAGGAGCGCCGAGAGGGAGAGGGAGAAGAAGACCAGGGCCACGAAGGAGUCGAUAGAGAACGACAAAACGGCCACCGUCAGGAGCACCAGGAAGAGGAGGCACGAGGAGGCGUCGAAGCCGGUGCUCAGGGAGAAGGGCCAGAACGGGCGGCCCUUGCGGGGGCCCAGCGAGGAGGCGGGCGGCGCGCGCAAGGUGGCCAGGGCGAGGAGGAACCGGGGGCCGCAGGAGGAGCGGCGGCAGGAGGAGCCCGAGCAGAACAUGCGCAUGACGCGCUCGCGCCGGAGGCGGCUCGAGAUCAGCCUGUCGCCGUCGCAGGUGCGCGCCGUCGUGACGGGCCUGUCGCUCGAGGCGGAGGGCGCACCCGCCAGGGCCACCCGCUCCAGGGGCAACCGCAGG